CAGAAAAUAUUAAGUGAAAAUGUGGUCACGUGACGAGGUCGGAGCGACCCUGAGAGCCGCAUAUAGGGUCCUGCAUCGCCUGCUUGCGCUUAGUCUCGCCUCGCUCGUGCUGCAGCCACCGCGUCACGAUGAAGUGUUUGAUGCUGACGAUAAUGCUGGUGAUGGUUUCGUAUGGAGCCUGCAGCCGCUACCGCCCGCCAAACCAAGGACCCGGGUCGUGUCCGCCCGACUUCUCCAUCAUCGCCGCCACCUUCCCGGUCGGCCAGGCGCCCAGCACGUGCCGGAGGAACGCCGAUUGCCGGCCCGGGACCAUCUGCUGCCCGGAUGCUAACACGCCCGAUAGUUUUUGCCUCAGCCCUGUGAGAGGAAGGCCCGGUCCUUUCGGCUAAUGCAUACGAAACGGAGAAGGAGAGACAAUCUUGGCUGUUGAUUGACCAAACCACCACGGAAUAAUGUUCUGUCCCCUGUAUUUGUUUUAUUUUGUUACAUACAGAUGGUUCCACAUGUGCUCAGCAGGCAAGGAGUCUGUCAAGAGGUCCUAGGGACCGAUCCUGAUUUCCCCAUUCCUUAAAUUGGCAGGGAAGUGUGUUUUUCUUUAAAAUACAAUUGAUAUCGAUACUGUUAUUAUUGUUA